GGCGCGGAGCGGGCGGGCAGUGAUGGCGGCGGCGGCAGCGGGAACAUGCGGCCUCCGGGCUCUGCUCCUCCUCUUCCUCCUGGCCGCGCUGGCCACCGGCGUCGCGGGGACAACUGGCUUUAUAAAGUCACCGCUGUCUCAAAAGAGACUGACUCAGGACAGCGUGGAGCUGUACUGCGAGGCCAUUGGCACCCCCAUCCCCGAGAUCCAGUGGUGGUUUGAGGGCAACGAGCCCAAUGAGACCUAUGCUCAGCUCUGGGACGGAGCACGGCAGGACCGGGUCAGGAUCAACGCCACCUACAACCUGCACUCCACCAGCACCAUCUCCAUCGCCAACCUCACCGGCGACGACUCGGGCACGUACGAGUGCCGGGCCAGCAACGAUCCCGACCGCAACCACUUGUCCAAGAGCCCCAAAGUCAAGUGGAUCCGUUCGCAGGCGAACGUGUUUGUCAUCGAACGUCCGGACAUCAGAGCUCAAGUCACCGGUGUUUCUGGGAAGCUGGUCCUGGCCUGCAACAUGACUGGGCAGUAUCUUCCCAUCCAGGGCCACGAGUGGACGCACGGGGACAAGGUCCUCCAAACGGAUGCAGACGCCAGCGCUUUCACCAGCUACACGAUCGAGGGGAAGAUGGAAGAGCACUCUGGUGUCUAUGAGUGCGUCUACAAAACAAACCCAGUGAUAAAAGGACAUCUGAAUAUCUCAGUUCCACCCCAAGUGACGGCGUACAAGAAGUCCGAGCACGGCAACGAGGGGGACACGGGAGUGCUGGUCUGCAAGUGCAGCUCGUUCCCUCCUGUCACCUCGUGGGUCUGGUACAAGCAUGGCCAAGAUCCCAUCAUCAAUGGGUCUGGGCGCUACAUCAUCAAGUCCAGUGGCAACAAGACGGAGUUACGCAUCCUGAAGCUGAACAUUGAGGAGGACUCGGGUGAUUACCACUGCAAUGCAACCAAUGCCUACGGGCAGGGCAGCGCCACGGUGAGCCUGCGCGUCCGCAGCCGCCUCGCAGCGCUCUGGCCCUUCCUGGGCAUCGUGGCAGAAGUCCUUGUUCUCGUCACCAUCAUCUUCAUCUAUGAGAAGAGGAGGAAGCCGGAUGAGGUUCUUGAUGAUGAUGAUGGAGGCUCUGCACCACUGAAAAGCAAUGCCACAAACCACAAGGACAAGAACGUCCGCCAGAGAAACGCGAACUGAGAGCAGGGGCCAGGUGAUGUGCAGCUGAAGAGCUCAUCUGGAUAACUUUUGUUUUCUUCUAAUCCUCUUGUCGGGGCAGGGGGGGUAAAAUAGCAGCAGGAGAUACCCCCGAGCAUCCUCACAGCGCAGAUCCUUCACUUCCUAAAGAGAUUGCAGUUGUAGAACCUAAAAUACACUUUUUCUUCUUUUUUUUUUUUUAAAGAGUUAUGGGAGGGUUUUUCUACCUGUAAAUGUAAAUCCCUUGUUUCUGGUAGUCUCUGCCUGUCUCUGUUUAGGUUUCUUGCUAUUGGUCCACGGGUUGGGUUGGGAGAGCAUCAUUUCCUCACCUAUUGGAAGAGCAGGGACGCCCUCCUGGCCCCACUGUUGUGCUUUGGAGCUGGGGUAAGACCUGAAGGUGCAGCUCCUCUUGUGCUGCUCUGGUGCUGACCUGAGCAUCACCAGCAGCAAGGCUGCCCCUUUCCCUCAUGUGGAAGUGCUGAUUCCAAGCAGCAUCUCCAGAGCUUCCUGAAAUGCUCUUCAACAACCCUGAAGCAGCGUUAGAGCUGGAUAUGGAUGGGUACCGUGGCUGUGAACAUAGGGAGUGGGCUUGGAUCUCUUCUCCCCUUGCUGCAGCGGGGCUGGGGGCAGUUUAACCGCGUGUGUUCUUGUGCUUGAGCUGUUGGGGUUUGGGAGGUAGGAGAGUGAGCAGCUGAGUGCUUCGUGCAGUCUUAAUGCCUGUAGUGCCGGGUAGCAGCGAACUGUUCCCUCUGUUAACACACAAAUAAAGACGAUUCCUCUCUCUGGGUUUUUUU